AUGGUUGCGUCCAGCUCUUCAGGCAACUUAUUUGAUCAUAUUGACCAGCCCAACACAUCUGUUGGAAGCUCCAGUUCCUUGGGACCUUGUUCUUUGAGGAAAAUAAAAACUAAAGAUGAUAAAGUCUGUGGUGUUUGUGGGGAUAAGGCAUUGGGGUACAACUUCAAUGCAGUCACCUGUGAAUCUUGUAAGGCAUUCUUCAGGAGAAAUGCUUCAAAAGAAAAGUCAGCAGUUUGCUUAUUUGACAAUAAUUGUGUUGUGGACAUAAGAACAAGACGAUUCUGCCCUGCUUGCCGGAUUAAAAAGUGCUAUAAGAUUGGUAUGAAGAAGGACAUGAUUUUAGAUGACAGUGAGAAAAGAAAACGGAUGAAUAAAGUCAUGGCAAACCGGGCCAAACGGGAACACCUGCCAGCACCAGAAAGCUCACUGAUACAGAUCAAAACUGAAGUGGACACUAUAGAUUCUGUAAUGGAGGUGCCUGCCAUGCUGGAAACUGUCAAUGAAGUGGAACGGCCACCUACUCCCUUUGGCAAGACACAUGGUAGCACAUCCGACAUCAUCUUUAGGCAUGUUCCAAAACAGUUAUUACCAGCAGAUGCCAGCAUGUAUUACAAGCUGACACUUGCUGAAAGCUCCCUCCUGGCGCAUGUUACAAAAGCGUACCAGGAAACCCUAGCGGCCAUGCCAGAGAUGGGUCCGUAUUCAGAACCAAAGCAGUACCAAAAAGCAGCUGAUCUAGUCAAUCAUUCAGAGGUUUGUGUGAGGAAGUUGAUUAUGUUUGUGAAAUACCUAGAUGACUUUAAGCGCUUGAGUCAAGAAGACCAGAUUGCUGCCUUGAAAGCCUGUGUUAUGAACACAGUGUUGCUGCGCUCAGCACUUUUUUACAGUAUUGAGAAAGAUGCUUGGUUGACACCCAAAGGGGAGAUUCCGACUAGCAUUCUGAAGAAUACAACCGGCUUUGUCUCACUUCACAACAACCAUGUCUACUACUGUCGGAGAGUGAAAUCAAUGGCUCAGGAUGAUUACCAGAUUUAUGCACUUCUUCAGACAAUAAUUGUUUUCGACCCAGCAGGCAUGAACAUCACCAACAGGGAAUUUAUGUCAUCUUUGCAGGAUCAGUAUAUCAUCCUCCUGAAACAUUAUUUCGAAUCCUGUUUCUCGUAUGAAUUUGCUAAAGAAUACUACGUGAGUGCUUUAGACAGGCUGUGCGACCUGAAGGCCCUUAGUGAGGAGCAUGCCAACGUGCUGCUACAGGUGAAUCCAGUAGACAUUGAGCCUCUAAUGCUAGAGGUUCUAAACUUGAAGUAA